AUGACGUGUCAAGUUAUAGCAACAAUCUUUGUGACCAUCGUUUUGGGCAGCUUUAUGGUGGCCCAGGAGCCUAAAAUUCUUAUGCUGGGGGCACUGAACAACCCUAUGAACUGUAAAUUAUGGCACAUCGAUGAAGCUCAAGAAAUGUUCAGGAACAGAAGAGGAGACUCGUUUUACACAAAUGGAAGCUGGGCAGGGGGAGGAGGUGGAGGAGGAGGAGAAUGGGUAUCAACAGGAGGUUUUUGGGGAAUAGGAGGAGGAUGGGGAUAUAGUGGAGGAGGAUUUGUUGGAGGAGGAGGAUAUGUUGGAGGAUUUGAUGGAGGAGGAGGAUAUGUUGGAGGAGGAGGAUUUGAUGGAGGAGGAGGAGGAGGAGGAGGAUGUGAUGGAGGAGGAGGAGGAGGAGGAGGAGGAUGA